AAGCAUUCGAUGGUACUGAAGAGGGUGAUAUGGCUCCUUUGCCACUGUCUGGGGAACAAAUUCUCCAACAAGUUCAACUUGUAGAUUUUAAGUAUGGAAAGACGCAAAAAAAUAAAAAAAACUAAUGGUUGUUUUCAAAGAAAGUCAAUCUUCUUUCGUCUUCCAUAUUGGAAAAGUCUACUAGUUCGACAUUGUUUGGAUGUCAUGCAUAUUGAAAAAAAUGUGUGUGAAAGUAUUAUUGGUACCUUACUUGAUAUUCCCGGCAAAACUAAGGACGGUCUAAAUAGUCGUUUAGAUCUCGUUGAAAUGGGUAUACGACAAUCUCUGGCACUCCGAGAAGAAAGGUGAACGUUUAUAUUUGCCUCCUGCUUGUUUCACUUUGUCCAAAAAAGAGAAACAAACAGUUUGCAAAUCACUUGCAAAUAUGAAAGUACCCGAUGGUUACUCGUCUAACAUCAAAAACUUGGUGAAUGAGACUGAAUUGAAACUAAUGGGUCUGAAAUCACAUGAUUGUCAUGCGUUAAUGCAACAUCUACUUCCAAUUGCCAUUAGAUCAGUCUUGCCAAAAAAUGUUCGAGAGUGUUUGACACAUGUUUGCAUUUUCUUUAAUAGGCUGUGCGGGAAGGAAUUAGAAUUGGAUAAGUUAGAUGCAUUACAUGAACAUGUAGUCAAAACAUUGUGCAACCUGGAAAAGUUUUUUCCGCCAUCUUUUUUCGACAUCAUGAUCCAUUUAAUGGUUCAUCUAGUGAGAGAAGCAAGGCUGUGUGGGCCGGUGUGGGCGAGAUGGAUGUAUCCAUUUGAAAGAAAUAUGAAGGUACUUAAAAGUUAUGUGCGUAACUACUAUCGGCCAGAAGCAUGUAUGGUUGAGUGCUACAUAUCUGAAGAGGCUGUGGAAUUUUGUUCAGAGUACAUGGCUGGAGUUGAGGCAAUAGGAAUUAGCAAACCAAGAACUGACCCAGAUGAUGUUGAUAGAGGAUUAAGGGGCAAAGGGACAAUGGUGACAGUGUCCAAGCUUGAACUAGAUCAAGCUCAAUUAGUCGUGAUGAACAAUAACGCAGAGGUUCAACCAUAUAUAACUGACCAUAUGGAGCUGUUACAAUCAAUGGUUCCAAGAAAUCAAAAAAAUAAACAAAAAUGGGUUGCAGACCAACAUCGUCAAACUUUCAUUGGGUGGUUAAGGAAUACCAUUAUAGCAAAGUUGAACGAACCGAAUCAUGGAGUAUCUGAUGUGUUGAGUCGUAUUGCCCUUGGACCAACUUUUGCGGUUGCAAAGCAUGAAGCGUACAUUGUAAGGGGUAAACGUUUUCAUACAAAGUCAAGAGAUGAUGCUCGAGAGGUUCAAAAUAGUGGUAUACGUAUCGUCGCAGAAACUAUGCACUUUGCAAGUGCAAAAGAUAGAAACCCUGUUUUAGGUACUAUGACGUAUUACGGGGUCAUUGAAGAAAUAUGGGAGCUCAAUUAUUUUGCGUUCCGAAUUCCACUUUUUAAGUGUUCUUGGGUUGACAACAACGUUGGAGUAAAAACUGACGAGCUUGGUUUUACUUUGGUUGAUUUAAGUAAGAGAGGAAGCAAGAAUGAUCCAUUCAUCAUGGCUAGCCAAGCAGCUCAAGUUUUUUACAUUUCUGAUCCGGCUAAUGAUAAAUGGUCUAUUGUUUUAUCGACACCAGAGAGGAGGUUCUUAGAGACUGAAGAGGAUGAGGAGAAUGCUGACUUAUGUUACGAUGACUUCAUUGUUGGACAACCAAUUCAUGAGCAACUCAUGGGAAUUGAUCGUAACAUUGAGGAAGACGACGCUGAAUACAUUAGAAACGAUAUCAAUGAGGGAAUAUGGGUCAAUUGUGAUUCAGGCAAACAUAAACAAAAAAAGAAAAGAAAACGUAUCUAAUUGGUAACUUGAUAUAUAGCUUUUAAUAUUUGAAUGGUCCUGAAUACUUAACAAUUUGUUUAUGCUUUUAAUAUUUCAUAUACACUACUUGUUAUAUAUGUAGCUAACUUUGAAGUUUGUUUGUUAAUGGUGUAGACAUG